CAGAUGACCCUAUUCACACAUCGAGAAGGCGAACGCCGAAUGUUAUUAUUAAUUGGGUUGUAUUUACUUCAUGGUUCCAAUUGACGGGGGUCGAUUUACUGGGUUUUUGCUACCUUAGUGAGGCGGUGCUAGGUAUAGCUGCGCCUAUAAUGGUCGCAAUUAGGAGAUAGAUAAAAAGGUCGUAGGAGAAAAUCCCCAUUAAUAGGCGUCGCGGGGAAAAGAAUCAAUAAAUUAAUGCAAUGUCGACGUCUCGAAGAGCCCAUCAUAAAAGUCGCACGGGGUGCACAACCUGCAAAUCUAAAAAGGUGAAAUGCGACGAGGCGCAACCAUGUUCGUAUUGCGUCAAAAGGAAUCUUGCGUGCAGCUUGGCACCGCCGUCUCCCGAAGCCAAGGACGACUCGAGAACACCAGAAGUGAUCAUACCCCGGCCUCAUGAGGCGCCAUCCUUUACAUUUAGCGAUUUCGGAUUGUACCGCCAUUUCACCCAAUCCACAGCACUCGCGCAGGCGGAUGAUACCUCGUCGAUAACGGUGUGGCGAGAGGUCGUUGCCGACCUUGCGACACAGUAUCCGUAUCUCUUGCAUGAGGUGCUCGCAGUCGCAGCGUUGCAUCUGCGGUCUUCCAUUCCGGAAAAGACAGACAUUCUUGAACGGACGGCUGCGGAGCACCAAGCUAGGGCCAUUCCGCUUUUUCGAGAAGCUAUAGCUUCUAUGUCACCGGAGACGGCCCUCCCGCUAUUUGCUUGCUCGUGUUUAUUCAUACCCUACCAUUUCGCUGCUGCAAAGGACGCGACAUCGUUACUUUUCAACGAAGAUACCGGUUCUCUAGCAGAAUGGCUCAUUCUCAUUCAGGGAUGUGCGGCGAUUACGGUAGAACAUAAUAUCACCCUAAUGCGAUCGUCUCUGCGGGCGCUUCUUGGAGACCUGUACACACCUAAAGUAGAGGAUUUGAGUGGCGGUCCUACCGACGCAAGACUCCUCGAUCUCGCAUCUAAGCUACCUAUAGCACCUGAACAGCGCGAAGCGUACGGGCUCGUGAUGGUAAAAUUACGAGUGUGCUUCUAUGUGUCGGACAAAGCCAAUACAGCAUUAGAUCGGAAGAACGCUGCUCUCAGGUUCCCGCCCCUCGUGGGCCAACAAUUCAGAGCAGACUUCGCUGAAAAGCACCCUGCUGCUCUUAUCAUAUGGGCAUUCUGGUGUGUAUUACUGCAACGGGUGGAGGAGAGAUGGUGGCUUAAAGACAGAGUCAGACCAUUGCUGCUUAAAAUUGAAGAACUCGUACCCUUAGAAUAUAGGUUUUUGAUGGCAUGGCCAAUGGAAGAAGCAGGGGUAUACCAAAGGGAUCAUAAUUCGGAAAUGGUGUUAGAUGGUUGAAUAUUUUAAGAAAAAGGUGUCACAAGUUUAAAGGUAGAAGAUUAAAUAAGUGAGAGAGGUGUACCUUGUACAGUGCAUUAGUCUGCUUUUUGAACUGUGACUUUAGUGCAAACCUAGUAAUUAUAAGGCUGGUUUUAAGUGACCCACACAGUUACUUAACAUCCCUGGAU